CCCCCUCCCCCAGGCCUCCCCCCAGCGUCCGGCUUGCUCCGGCGAUCGGCCCCGGCCCGACGUUCCCGCUUGCGCCGCUUUAACUGGGACGCCUUGCCGCAGCACCGUGUGGUGGGCCGGCAGAACAUCUGGACAACGCAGACAGAUGUUGCGCACAUCGCCAUCGACACCAGCAGAAUGGAGGAGCUGUUCGCCAGCAGCCAGGCCAAGGGGGUCCAGCCUACACGACAACCCUCCCCCCAGCGGGGAACCCGCACCGAGAUUUCCAUCCUGGACGCCAAGAGGAGCAUGAAUGUCGGCAUCUUCCUGAAGCAGUUCAAGAGGCCUGUUGCUGACAUCGUGACUGACAUCAGACAGGGUGCGGCGGCUACGUACGGGGCUGACCUACUGACGGAACUCCGCAAACUGUUACCUGAGGAGGAGGAGGUGAAGAAGCUGCGGGCGUUCGACGGGGACCCGGGCCUUUUGUGUGAGGCCGAUCGAUUCAUGCUGCUCCUUGUCCACGUGCCCAGUUAUGUGGAGCUGCUGGACAGCCUGGUGCUGCGGGAGGAGUUCGGCCCCUUGUUGGCGUCGCUCAGUGUAGCCGUCGGCACCUUGACCCAGGCGGCUGGAGAGAUCCUGCACUGUGAGGAGCUGCGCACAGUCCUGUAUCUCGUGCUGAGGACCGGUAACCACAUGAACGCAGGCGGGUACGCGGGGAACGCGUUUGGCUACAAGAUGACGUCGCUACUGAAGCUGGUGGACACUCGUGCCAACAAACCCGGAAUGAACCUCAUGCACUUUGUCGUCAUGGAAGUGGAAAAGAACGACACGAAGCUGCUGGAUUUCCCGAAUAAACUCGAGAGUAUUGGCCCCGCUUCCAGGAUUGUGCAGCAGGAAACGGAGAGAGACUUUGAGACGUUGAAGCAGAAGCUGGCCAUGGUCAAAGGGAGCGUCCACAAACUGCCGGACAUCCGGGAGCAGAUGGUGGGCUUCAUCCAGGGUGCGGAGGAGCAGCUACAGCGGCUGCAGGCUGCACUGGAGGAGCUGCGGGCCGUGAGUUGUGAUCUGGCCAACUACCUGUGUGAGGAGCAGCAGCAUUUCCAACUGGAGGAAUGUUGCAGAAUCUUCACCGUCUUCGGCGAGAAGUUCCUCAAGGCCAAGGAGGAUAACCGCCAGCGCCGGGCUGGGGAGCGGCGGAGACGGCAGCGGGAGGAAGCGGCCGCCAAGCGCCUGUCGAUCGCCAGCUGCUCGCACCGGGAGCUGGGUGUCGGGGGCCUCGAGUCGCUGCUGCUCGGCGGGGACUCCACCCUCGGCCCGGGCCCGGCGUCCGGGCGGCUUCCCCGGAGCCGUUCCCUGCGGCAGUUCCCGGCGGGGGUCUCGGGGACAGCGGGGGAGCCGGCGGAUGGGGGGCCGGAGGAGGCGCGGCUGCUGCGGGAGGUUUCGGAGCGGCUGUUGGGCCGCCGGGCGGCCGGGGGUCCGAAGCAGCCGGGCCGCGUCUCCUUGGCCCCGGCUUCAACCUUGGCCCGGGCCCGUCCCCGCUCCCUUCCCCCAGGCGUGGCCCCAGCUUAUUCACACGGGCCCCUGGAUUCCCACGGGCCCCCAUCCCCGGCCCCAGCCCUUCCCCGCGGGCCCCCAACCCCGGCCCCAGCCCUUCCCCGCGGGCCCCCAACCCCGGCCCCAGACCUUCCCCGCGGGCCCCCAACCCCGGCCCCAGCCCUUCCCCGCGGGCCCCCAAACCCGGCCCCAGCCCUUCCCCGCGGGCCCCCAACCCCGGCCCCAGCCCUUCCCCGCGGGCCCCCAACCCCGGCCCCAGCCCUUCCCCACGGGCCCCCACCCCCGGACACUUCGCCACCCGGCCCUGGACCCUCACCCUGGUUUCGGCCCCCCCGCUCCCCCCGGACACGGCUCCAUCCGUGGCUCCGGGCAAACCCCCCGCCUCUCCCCCGGCCCGCCCCCGCGGCCCCUCACCACCGACCCCUCCUCCGGCCGCUGUCCCGGAGCCUCAGGGCCCCGACCCCGCCAUCUCCCCGCCCCGGGCCAAGCCGAACCUCCGGCGGUGGCUCUCGACGGAUAGGCCGGCUGUUCCCGCUGCCGCUCGGCGGGGUUGGGCUGCCCGCGUCCGGAGGCUCUCCACCCCCUCCUCACAUACCCCCUCCUCCUCCACACCCUCCACCUCCAGCGGACCCUCCUCAUUUACCCCCUCCACAAAUACCCCCUCCUCCUCCACCAUCGCGUCCCUCGCAGGAAGCCCUCGUCCUCCAGCUCCACCCACCCGGGGCCCCUCCUCUCAGGGACCCCCCUCCCCCCACUACCCCUCGGCGCCCCGCCUCCACCUCCCCCCUCCGGAGGGUGAAGCCUCCGGCAGCUGAGCAGCCGGAGCGGGUGGAAGAGUCGCCGGCCCCCUGGACCAUCUCCAGCAUCUUCGGCAAGAAGCCGGCCAAGGCCGGGGCAGGGGCCGCAGUAGGGGCCGGAGCAGAGGGUGGGACAGGGUCAGGGUCAGAGGCCGGGGCGGAGCCAGAGCGGGCCCCGACCCAGAGUUCAGGGCCGGGCUUCUUCAGCAACCUGUUCAAGCGGUUCAGCGAGAACAAGACCCCCAAGGACUCGCCCCCCAGCCACACCCCUGACGUCAGCUGCCCGCAGUCAGCGGCGGCUCCGCCCGACCCCGUCCCCAGUCCCCCCGCCCCGCACCCCGCCGGCCCAGCCCCGGACCCGCACCCGACCCCCGGCACCGACCCAGCCCCGGACCCGCACCCGCACCCUCCCUCCACCCGCGGCUCGGUCCCGCAGCAGCGCCGGAGUCCGGGGCCGACCCAUCCAGGCCACCGCCCCGCUGCCCGGCCCGGGAGCGCCCGCACCGUGAGUCUGAGUCUGAGUCUGAGUCCGCCGGGCCGGGGAGUGUGGCCGCGAUCCGCAGCCGGGGACGGGGGCGAGUAG